AUGGCCCACGAAAACGUGGCAAUUAUCGGCGCCGGUCUCUCCGGCCUUACUCUUGCAUUGUCUCUACAUCAACAAAACAUCUCUUCUACUGUCUACGAGGUCAGGUCUGCGCCGAUAGAUAUUGGAGGUGCAAUCACCGUCUCGCCGAAUGCUCUUCAGAUCAUCGACAAGCUUGGUAUCUAUGAAAAUGUUUUGAGCGAGGGCUACCCUUGCGAAGCUUUCCACUUCCGUUUCCAGGAUGACAAGCCUUUCGACACGUAUGAGAUCGGCAGCGUGAGCAAAUAUGGAUACCCGGGCCUUCGGGUUUACAGAAAAGUUCUGAUCAAAGAACUGCUUGCGAAAUGUGCCGAGAAGAAUAUUCAAAUCAUUUUCGGCAAAAAGUUCAAUCGAAUCUUAUCAGAAUCAGAAGCUGGGGUGACCUGGGAAUUUGAAGAUGGUACUGUUGGACAAGCCGCCAGUCUCGUGGGUGCCGACGGUAUUCACUCUCUUGUUCGCUCUUAUGUGCAUGGUGACAUUGAACCUAAGUUCAUGAAUGUCAUGGCAAUUGGGGCAACAGUCCCUACGAGUAAAGUUGCGCUGCCUAAGGAUUACGCAUUGCCUGUUACGAUCAUGAGCAAGACGCAUGGUGCCUAUAUCCUCGCCCCCAACUUCCCUGAUGGCUCUGAAUUGGUCAUUGUCAAGCAGAGAAGAAUUGAGGAACAUGACCGGGAGGGAUGGAAGCAUCUCCUGGCCGACAAAGAAGGAUCUGUCGAGUUCCUUCGACAGGGAACGGAAGAUUUCCCAGAAAUCGUCCGUCAGGCGGUCUCGGCGAUCACACCAGAGUCAGUAUCGAUCUGGCCCUUCUACCAAGUUCCGAAGAUGGACAAGUGGACUUCAAAAGGAGGUCGAGUAUCUAUGCUUGGAGAUGCUGCGCAUGCCAUCCCUCCGUCGUCAGGGCAAGGAGCCAAUCAAGUCUUUGAAGAUGCUUACACCUAUGCUCUCAUUCGCGGUCAAUGCGACGGGGACUCGCUGGAUUCAGUUUUGCCAAAGUGGCAACGAGGCCGACAGGAACGGAUUGAUCGUUUGAUCACUUUGGCCCAACAAAUGAAUGCCCGUCGCUUGCCCGAGUCUGGCCAAAAUGAGCUCACCGAGGUCAUUGGAACAGAAGACUUCAACAUGGAGUGGCUUUUCAAGCCUGACCUAGAAAAGAUGAUCCAAACCUGGCUUGCUAGCUAA